GCAGCUGCUGCAGAUCACUGGGGAGGGACGGGCUGAAUGAACCGGAUCGAGUCUGGCUGCUGGGGCUGUCGGGAUGAGGCUGGCAUGGGCUGCUUGGCUGCUGCUCCCGGCUCUGCUGCACCGGGCCCUCUCUCACCCGCAAUGUCUGGACUUCAAGCCCCCGUUCCGCCCGCCGCACGCGCUCACCUUCUGCGUCCAGUACAAGGAUUUUGGCUGCUGCGACUCCUCCCGGGACCGGGAGAUCAUGGAGACCUUCUACCGGGUGCUGGGGCACGUAGAUGAGGCCGGCUACCAGCUGUGCGCUGCCCACGUGCAGGACAUCCUGUGCCAGGAAUGCUCGCCAUACGCCGCCCACUUAUACGACGCAGAAGACCCCAGCACCCCGGUGCGGAGCGUGGCUGGACUCUGUGAGGAUUACUGCGCGGAAGUCUGGAAAAAAUGCAGGUCGCUGUUCAGAUACAUGACGUCUGACAAAGAUUUAUUGGCCCUGGAAGGGAACGCGGCCAAAUUCUGCCGCCGUCUGGCUCUGGAUGACGCCGAUUACUGCUUCCCGCGACUAUUAGUCAACACGAAACUCAAUCAGAACUUGGGCUUGGUGACGGCUGACUCCGAGGGCUGUCUGCAGCUCUGCCUGGAAGAAGUGGCCAACGGUCUCCAGAAUCCCGUGGCCAUGGUCCACGCCAACGACGGAACGCAUCGCUUCUUUGUGGCCGAGCAGGUCGGCCUGGUAUGGACCUAUCUCCCUGACCGCUCCCGACUGGAAAAACCAUUUUUAAAUAUCUCCCAGGCCGUCCUGACCUCGCCCUGGGAAGGCGACGAGCGAGGUUUUCUAGGAAUCGUCUUCCAUCCAAACUUUAAACACAACGGCAAAGUCUACGUUUACUACUCGGUGGAAAUUGGCUUUGAUGAGAUCAUACGAAUCAGCGAGUUCCGGGUUUCUGCUCACGAUAUGAACGCCAUCGAUCACAGCUCUGAGAGGAUAAUCUUGGAGGUGGAGGAGCCGGCAUCCAAUCACAAUGGCGGGGAGGUGCUCUUCGGAGAUGAUGGCUACCUCUACAUCUUUAUUGGAGACGGAGGCAUGGCUGGGGAUCCGUUUGGAAAGUUUGGGAAUUCUCAGAACAAAUCCACCUUAUUAGGCAAAGUCCUCCGCAUCGACGUAAAUCAUAACAACCACGGACCCCUUUACCGCAUCCCCUCUGACAACCCGUUUGUCGAUGACCCGUCAGCCAGGCCCGAAAUCUAUGCUUACGGGGUGAGGAACAUGUGGCGCUGCUCAUUUGAUAGGGGAGACCCCCAGACAAAGGAAGGGAAAGGACGCCUGUUCUGUGGAGACGUAGGACAGAAUAAAUAUGAAGAAGUCGACAUUGUAGAGAAAGGAAAGAAUUACGGCUGGAGAGCGCGGGAAGGCUUCAGCUGCUAUGAUAAAAAGCUCUGCACCAAUUCUUCACUAGGUGACGUUCUUCCGAUUUUUGCCUACCCUCACAAGCUGGGGAAGUCGGUCACCGGUGGAUACGUGUACCGAGGCUGCGAAUAUCCAAACUUAAAUGGACUCUAUAUAUUUGGCGAUUUUAUGAGUGGAAGAUUGAUGACCUUGAAGGAAGACCAGAAUACGGGGGAAUGGCAGUACCAUGAGAUCUGCAUGGGGAUGGGGCAGACGUGCAUGUUCCCUGGGCUCAUCAAUAACUACUACCAGUACAUCAUCUCUUUUGCAGAGGAUGAAGCAGGAGAACUGUACUUUAUGUCUACUGGAAUACCGAGCGCCACUUCCCCCACCGGGGUCGUGUACAAGAUUAUAGACGCGUCAAGGAGGGCCCCGCCGGGCAAAUGUCGUUUCCAUCCCAUACCAGUGAAGACGAAAAGUGCCACUGUGCCCUUCGUACCGAAAGAAAAAUUUAUAAUAAAAACAACUCCAACAAAACGGCCAAAGGUUAAAACUACCUCCAAACCAUCCGGGAGGACCAAGGUCACCGCGUCGCCUCCUGUUAAUCCAACACCUGAUUGGGUGGAGCAGCUCUUGAAGCUCUUGGAAAGUCCAGGAGAUAACCAAAGAACCACCACGGCCAGACCAUCCACCACAAGACCACCAAAGCCAAAGAAAAGUGGUAAGAGCAACGAAAGGAGAGGACACAGGAAGAAAAGUAAAGCACAAAGCGGCGCUGAUUCCAAAGCGACCUCUACAGAGCUACGUAACGGCGCAGUGCGCUUGGCAGACGGCCAGAGUUCCGACCGUGGACGGGUGGAAAUCUACAUCAAUGGAGAGUGGGGGACAGUAUGUGACGACUUGUGGAACACCAAGGCCGCAAGCGUGGUGUGCCGCCAGCUGGGGUUCCAAUAUGUUAUAAAAGCCGCCAAACAGGCCGAGUUUGGUGAAGGCCGAAAUCUCCGCAUCCUUCUAGAUGAUCUUGAAUGCACCGGAAAGGAGAAGACUCUGCUGGACUGCAAGCACAAGGGGAUCGGCAAACACAACUGCAAUCACCAGGAAGAUGCCGGAGUAAUCUGCAGUCACACAGAGUAUUCUCAGAGUUGAUAGAUCUAAAGGGCUUCACAUCCCUCAAUGUUCCUCAGGUUGGGAUGUGGCCUAGUGAUACAUCGAAGCCAAAUUUACUAAAAAGUACACCACAGAAAUAGACCAACGAUGAAAUGAAAUUCUAAAUGCUUGAACUUUUGGAACAUACAGCAUUGUAUUAAUGACUAGGACAAUUUCUCGCCAUUAUCUUGCUGUCUCUAGAUAAGCAGAUUUUUCUAAUCAAGUCUCCUUUAUCAAAAAUGUCUGACAAAAACUGGCCUUACAGUCCAUAGUCCAUUAUCAAAGAUCUGAUUGGUUGCUAUGGGCAAGAAGGUCAGUUUUUCUCAUUUUAAUAUUUGUCAUAAAUGAGACCUAAUAUGUUAAUAGGAGGUAAAGGUUUGUACCUCCUUAAAUUGAAAAUGUAUCUCCACCCUUAACCAUUUUUCACAGCAGGGGUUUCGGCCUUUGAAAGCGCAAAAAUUACAAUUCACAUAAUCAUAAGCUCUGUGUCCAAACCUUGAAACAAGCAGCUCUUUCAUUCUCGCUCACAGCGGGAAAUCCCAGCACUACAUGAAGCACCAACCAGCAGAAACACAGCUUUGUGUAGCUAAGAAUUCUGCCUCUGGCUCCCGUACAAUGAAGGCGAACCCGCACUUACUACUCCACGCAAAAAGAAAGCUUCAUUUACCAAUUUUCUAAAAAUUUAUGACACAAAAGUGAUACUUGUUUGAGGCAGAGAGAUUCCCUCAUUGUGUCACGCUCCGCCCCCUCAGGCCUCGCACUAGUCAUAUCAAGUGUUCCUAAAAAAAUAAGGAAAUUCACCAGAUCUGGCACUUUCUUUAAUACCUCACCAUGAAAUCCACUUCAAGAAGCACAAAGACUUUCGCCAACAAUGAUACUAAACCCUAAAAAGGACAUUUUGUAUUAACUCUAAAUUUCUACUUGUUGAUCUUUUUACUAUGAUUUUGAUAAUUUUUUUUCUAAUAAGCACAAGUUCUCCCGUU